AUGGUUACAGCUAAUAUAGAUCACGAACGACGACCAUCAUCUGGUGUUGAUAAUGAAGAUGACGAAAAUAACGAUCGACAACUUCAAGCACGUCUUGAUCGUUUAUAUUUGGAAACUUCUCAAUAUCCUCACUCUCAUCAUCAAUAUCCACAUAGUGCUGUUUCAUCUUCGACGUUACGUGAUACACAUAUGCCAUUAAAUACUGUUCCUGUUUAUCGUCAUGGACGUAAAUUUUAUGUUUCUAUUGAAGAAUUUGAACGUAUGCGUUUAGAAGAACGACGAUAUCGUCGUACACUAAUGCAAAAAUCUCAAAAUUUACCUGUAACAAAAUCUCAUCAAACAAAUUUACUAACACCAUCAACAUCUUUAUUUAAUCCAAUUUAUCGAAGUACUUCACAAUCACAUGAUCAUAGAUAUGGUAUACUUAGAACACCUUAUUUAUCUACAAAUUCAAUAACAAAUAAUAAUAAUAAUAAUCAUACACGUGAAUCAAUUAGACGAUCUCGUUCAACAUUAAGAUAUUACGAUGAUCGAGAUGAUUUAUCAUCAAUUACAUCAAAAUUACCUAUGAAAUUACCAACAACAACUGCUAUACGUUCGAAUUCAUCGGAUAAAAUAUUAAAUCUUCGAAGUACUCCACAAUCGCCAAUAUUAUCUUAUCGUGAUUAUAUUUCCGAUGAUUAUGAAUUAAAACGUUCAUUUUCAGCUGAAUUAGUACAAGAACCACAAAGUCAAUUAGAACAACCACAAACAUUACCUCGUCGAAUAGUUUCAUCUAAACCUUCUGAUUUUGCCAUGUCUACGGGAUUAUCAUCAUUUCCUAUAAUAUCUACUGAUCAAACAUAUAAUCAAUCGAAUGCAUCAAAAUUAACAAGUUAUUUUACUCGAAUACAACCAUCAACAUUAAAUUCUCCAAUAAAAUUAUCUACAUCAGAUUUUACUGGACCAAAUUCAACAUAUAAAAGUGAUAUACAUGAUUCUGAUCAAAAUUAUUCUGUUCUUACUUCUUCAAAUCGACGUACUGUAGGUAAUGGUUUAACAUAUGUCUUAACACAAUCACCAUCAAAUAAUAAGAAUAAUGAAUAUUAUAUUCGAGAUGUUACAAGUGGAUCAUUUUCUGAUGAUAAUUCAUCAUCACCAUCAACAUUAAUACAACGACGAAAUAUAAAUACAAAUCGUCAUCGUCGAGCUCAAUUUGUUGCUGAAACCGAUGAUAAUUAUGAACAACAAGAUGAUAUACGAACUCGUUCAACUGCACGAAGUCAAUCAAGUGAUCGUUUAACAGAAAAAAAACGUGUUCGUUUUGCUGAUAUGGAAGGUUUUACAUUGGAAACAGUUUCGGAUGCUGAACAACAACGAUUACCUGUGAAUAAUCGUUUAUUUAUUAAACGAUCAUAUGUUUCACCAUCGAAUAAUUUUCAAGGACAAAAAUCAUCUUUUCAAAAUUCAUUUUAUCCAACAAUUACUCGAGUUAAUAACGGUGGAAGUAAACUUGCAACCGAUGUUUAA